GAUGGCAGCUCAGCAUUCUCCCACAUCCACAGAGAGGCGAGCCACAGGACGGAGCGGGGCGACCGGGAUAUUCUCAGGAUAUCACAGUGAAUGAAAAAGCAAAUGAAAUGAACAAAAUGAACAGCCGCCUGCGGAUUUUAGAGAAGAAGAUUUGAAAGGAAAAUAUUCGGCUGCUUGUGGAGAUAUUUCGCUUCAGAUACACAGAGAGCAGAGAGACAGCUCGCCGGCCAUGCAGCACUACGGGGUGAACGGCUACUCUCUCCACGCCAUGAAUUCACUGAGCGCCAUGUACAACCUUCACCAGCAGGCGGCGCAACAGGCUCAGCACGCACCUGACUACAGGCCCUCAGUGCAUGCCCUCACUCUUGCAGAGAGGCUGGCUGACAUUAUCCUUGAGGCCCGGUAUGGCUCCCAGCACCGAAAGCAGCGGCGCAGUCGGACAGCCUUCACCGCCCAGCAGCUGGAGGCCCUGGAGAAAACUUUCCAGAAGACCCACUACCCUGAUGUGGUGAUGCGUGAACGUCUGGCCAUGUGCACCAACCUGCCUGAGGCACGCGUUCAGGUCUGGUUCAAGAACCGCCGGGCCAAGUUUCGUAAGAAGCAGCGCAGCCUGCAGAAGGAGCAGCUCCAGAAACAGAAGGAGGUAUCCGGAGCUGCAGAGGGCUCAACAGAGGACUCCAAGACUGACCUCACCAACACCAACGCCACCACCCUGGUUCCUGAGGCCCGCACUCCUCCCCCUCCCUCCUCCUCUUCGUCCUGUCACUCAGAGACAGAGAGGCUGGCAGCCGCACAGCCCCAGCCUGGAGAGAUGAGCGUGGAAGUCAACGUCACGUCCCCCGAGCCAUCAGACAGUGAGUCGGCAGCAGAAGAUAAUGCUGACAGAGAGGAGGACGAAAUGAGAGGGGAGACGAGGGUGAAGAUGAGGGAGGAGAUGCAGGGGGAGGGGGGAGCGCAGCCAGGGAGCAGCUCCCCAUCCUGCAAACGGCUGAGCCCCACAUCAGACUCUCCUCUGUGCUCCCCCAACUUGCCGUCCUCCAGCAGUGCGACCAGUGGUUUGGCGCAAAGCAACUCUUACGCUUCAUCUCCUCUCAGCCUCUUCAGGCUGCAGGAGCAGUUUCGGCAGCACAUGGCCGCCACCAACAACCUGGUGCACUACCCGUCCUUUGACAUGAGCACGCCGUCCUCUCUGCCCUACUUGGGUAUGAACGUCAACAUGCCGUCCCCGCUGGGCUCGCUGCCCUGCCAGUCCUACUACCAGACCCUGUCACAGGCCCAGCAGGUAUGGAACAACCCGCUGCUGCAGGUGGCACCAGGCAGCCUCCCUGGAAGCCUCAACAGCAAGACCACCAGCAUUGAGAACCUCCGUCUGAGGGCCAAACAGCAUGCAGCCUCUCUGGGAUUGGACACGCUCCCCAACUGAAGCUGGGGCUGCUCAGUCUACGUGUUCGCCCUCUAGUCAGGGCCUUACCUAUGAAUUAUGGGCCCUGUCCAUGGGAAGUGACUCUGGGCCCCCUUCACUUUCCUCUUGACCUCUCACCACUGUCAGCAACUAUGUGUAUCCAACCAAAACUCAGACACAUCUCCAAAAACUCAUUAGAAAUACCCCAGAUUUAAAUGUACCUUUUUUUGGCCACUACCCAGUUGGCUGUCAUAACCGACAUUUCAGAAGUCCUGUGUUCAAAAUCUUUCCAAAUUUCAAAUUUGUGCUUGUUUCAUGCAAUUGAACAAAUGCUGAGAAUGUCUUGUUUGCAGUUAUCAAAACCAGAGCAGUAUGAAAAACUGUAGAAACAACAUAUUUUUUAAGGCACACAUGAUGACCACAAAAUGUGUUUUAGAGCAGGCACUUUAGGUGCCUUUCCUCAGAUUGGGGGCCCCUGGUUGUCGACACACCUCUUCCCCUUCACCUCAUCAUCAUCAUAUGGGCAUGCAGCUCACUGCUGGGAGCACACCAGAACAUGAAGAACACCUCCGUUGGAUAGACUUAACAAAAAAUAAGAUUAUAACAAGAACUCAACUCAACAAGAACUUAAUGAAAAAAAAUCCCACCUGGACUGCAGUUGUGACUGAACAGUACUUUUUGUCUGUGGAGCUCUGCUUGUAUUCCUUGACUCCUCCUUGUCAACAGCAUAAGCCAACUCUAUUAAUGCUAGCUGCUCACUGUGAUUUCAGCCUCCUCUGUGAAGUCAGGGCAGAAAGUCUUUAACAGAGCAGCAGAGCUGUCAGUCUCAUUCCAGGACAGAUAUUAUUAGAUAUAAGAUAUUAAAAUAUUCUAUAAUUCAACUCCUUAAUGUGAACUAUGCAUGCAUGCACCCCUCUGAAGCAUGGUUUACAGCUGCAAGACACAGAAUAAAGUGUCACAUCAGAUCUGAUAACUGAAGCAAAGCUCAGAUCAGUCAAUAUAAUCCCCCAGCCUGUAUUUUUUUUUUUUUUUUGUAGAUGACACAUGACUCUCCUUGUUUAAAGUUACAGCACUCAGCUCAGCCUGCAAGAAUCCAUUGAGCAUUGUAAAUAUCCUUCAGUGUUCACCUCCAUCUGCCCGGCUAAAGAGUAACUUCAUGUCUCCUUUUGUGUGAAGGAUUUGAGAGGAAAAGUUAAAUUUAUUUUUCAAUUGUGGCUUUAAGCAAAGGACCUAAUAAUAAGGGGAGACUCUGCAAAGGAGGCACAGCAACAAAUAAAUAUGACCCAGCCAACAUAUAUUUUUGUUCCCUCGGGUGCCGGACUGAACUCUUUCUCUGAGCUUCAGCAGAAAGACGCACAGGCCCAUUCUCUAUGUAUUAUAUCACUGUAGAUUCAAGACAUGUAUUUCUCAAUUGUUUAAAAUGUGAGUAAUUUAUCUGUUUAAUGCAAGUAAUAAAUCACACAUAAGAAUGA